CCAACCCCACCCCAUUGUAAAAUGUCACCCCGUCCCAUGCAUUUUGUCAUGUGCACCAAUACGAAGAGGAUGUGUCGCACCUCCCCUCCAUGUUGCACAUUGGUGCGCAGAACAAAAUUCAUUCCGCUCGGGGGGAUGGGAAAAAUUAGAGGGCUCACUGGUCACCACUCUAAAGUUUGCACGCAGAUUUUACACGCAAAUCGGAGGACAAAUGCAGUUGGCUUCUGACAAUGUGGAAAGUAAAUGCACGCAUAAUUUGGGAAAGGGCAGGUUUUAAAUCCUGCACUCGGUGGCAAUUUCAACACAAUCUGAAUUUUGGCUUUCCUUCCAAUGCCUCCCGUAAUCUCACUGCUUCAGAUGCAGCGGCGGUAGACUGUGGUUGAACUUGGAAGCUGUUUCUAGCUGCUGGCUGGUCAGUGGCCUCUGUAAAAUGACUUGGUAGAAAGGUACCCCCAUCAGAGUGAGCAUGAGUGGCAGGAAAUUCCUAGUCCCCGGGUUAGUUCUGGGUGCAAAAUCUCAUUCACCACCCCACCCCCUCACACCCAGGGAAGGAGCGCUUCGUUAACCGGUCAAACGACAGGAGCUCUUGGAGAAAGAGAAUUCCUCUGCGAGUGUAUUUUUGGGAUCUAGCUACUUUGAGAGCGCUUCUCGAAGAACUUGUUUGCAGUACAGCAUGUGUCAGCCUCUGAAACGGAUCCAAUUUCAAUGAAUGGUAUAGUGACCGAGAUGUUAGCCCUCCCUGGGCUGGAGAUGGAACAUAUGCUGCGGGGUGUGAAUAGUUUGUACAGUAUAUGCGGCAAGGCAUGCAAAGCCCAGUGUCUUUCACAGAGUGCGGGACCCUGGCCAAGAGUCCGAACCAACUUUCUGCGCCCUAUUAAACCAAGCGCGAGGAGAUGUUUCAACUCAUGGAGAAAACAGAGCCGUCUUGAUUCAAGUGGAAGCUACUUGGAUUAUGAUGAGUUCACUAGAGGUCAAAAAUGCUGAAGGUCGAAAACACAUUACAACCCUACUUCUGCCAAAUCUACUUCAUGGAGCUAUUUUUAAUGCCUCACUAAAAAUGGGCAGCAAUGAGGCUACAUGCAAGCAUGAGAGGAAGUUCUAAAUACAUUCAAGCACCGACAACAACAUUACAUAAAAGGUAUGCGCCUGCAGGAGCCAUUCACAUCACAGAGAAGAAACUCCCAUUUUGCGAUUCCAUAAGGUGAAUUAAUGUAAAGCAAAUACGUUCUGGAAGAAGAAUUCUGGGAGAAAACAUUGCAGACGAGUGGGAAUAUCCAACAGAAUCUUCUGCCUGUUUCACAUAAUAAAUUAAUGCUUGGGAUAAUUUAUUCAUGACUCACAAAGACAAUGCAGGGAAAUAAGAAACACGCGGAUGGACUUAGUGACUCUUCUAGUAUAGGGAGCCUCCUGGAUGAUACAGACAGAGAGGUCUGCAGCCUCACAGAUCGAGCAUUCAAGAGUUUGUGCGUGGCAGAACUCGAAGCAUCUAACAAUGAAUUGGAGAUUGUCAUUUCGCCGGACAUCACCUACCAGUUCACUACUAAAAUUCACCAAGGGACACUGAACCAUGCCAUCAAGAGAAGCAACAUCUACAAUAAGUUAUCAUCGAAAAACAACGAGCAUACAACUUGGGCUUCAACAUUCCAGCAUCUACCAAAACGUGCGCCAGACGAGAAAAAGGUUGCUAAACACAGCACGGCGGAAAUGAAAAAGCCAAAUUUACCAGCAGCUGGUCCAAGGAAAAACAAACCUGCCUCAAAAGUGUCCUGUUUGAUUAAGACAUUUGAUAAGACUGAAAACCAGUGUCCAGAAAGUUCCCUGGUAGCAGUCAAACUGCCAGUUAAAAACAGCUCUCAAAAAUGCAAAUUAAUUCAGGGAAAUGACAUAGCUUUCUGGAAAGACACAGCGCUUUUCAACAUGCAGAGGGAACUUUCCCAAUUUUCUGACGUAUAUCGAGAUAACCACUGGCUCCGUGACAAACACGAGGUCCAGAAAAGACAGAAUAAAAUUGAUAUGAACUACUUUGGCCCACAUGUUGAUCAUCCUGCACUGAUGGACAUGUCCAAUGUGGUUAAGGCAAAUCUCACCAGCUCUUCUAAAAAGGCAGCCAAAAACAGGCGCGCAAAAGUUAAAGAACCAGCAAAAAAGGGCAAUUUUCUUCACAGUGAGAACAGCGCCUUUGAAUCAUGGAAUGACCGUCAUAAUAAACUGAGUGAAAAAGAGGAGUUUGCAGCUAUUAUACCAAAAAAGGAGGCUAUUACACGCUUUGAAGAAACACCAUUGGUUAAAGGAUCCUAUACAUCUGCACAUAAGCCACCACACAGAAAAGUCUCAGGGGCUAGAAUUCAGGAAAAGGAUUUCCUGACAGAUCUAUUUCCCCCUACAACUGAAUUCCAGGACUAUGUUCCACCAGACACUAUAUCUCAGGUCCCUGUUCCAGUAAUACCUGGUCAUCUCGUCCCUGUCUCUCCAGCAGCUGAGUUUCAGAUUCCGAUUCCACCAGCACCUGUACCCCUCAUCUCUGGCCCAUCAGCAUCUCUACCCCAGGUCUCUGGUCUCCCCAAAUCACCUGUAUACAAGGCCCCUUCUCCACCACCACCUGUGUCCCAAGAUGCUUGCACAGAGAAGAAGUCAACCAAGCCUGAAAUGGACUAUGUCUGUCCACCGUGGAGAAGACAGAGGAAUAUAAAGAGGGCCACAGUGAAAGCACAGCCGAGUUCAAAUGAAAAGUUACCCCUCAGUGGAGAAGAAUUCUCCUUUUAUCAAAAGCCAUCUGCUGUGGAACCUUUUGCUGACACAACUGCAGAAAAUAAACAGGGAAACUCCCCUGAUUCCGUUAGCCCCUCCUUCAACAUCACAAAACUUUUAACCCCAAUCAUACCCUCAAAACAAGAGAUAGCAAAUCAACCAGUGAGUUUGACACCCCCAAUGCCUGACCCUGUAGCAGCAAAAGAACGUGAGGGAAGCGGAUUUAGUGAGUAUCUGCCUCGGGAUAAUUACAAAUCUAAAGCACCAAGUUUAUUAUUCAACCUGAAGGAUGUCAGAAAACGUGUGAAAAGCACUUACAGUCCCUCGCCCCUCCUAAAAGAGAAAAACAAGGCUAAGGAAAACACAAAACAAGGGAGUGUAAACAUGAAUGCUAUGGUGUCUACUUUUCCGGAAGACAGUAGCUUCGAGUUUGCAGAGAGAGAUGAAUUAAGCUAUGGACCUUUUGUACCAACAGACACUAUCCAGGAAAAGCACAAUACAACUGAGUUAAAGGGAUACUUCACAGACAGUUACCUUUCUUUAAAUUCACCCCAGGCAACAGUCGAUCCUGCGUUUUACCAAAAUCAAGACAAUUUGCAACAGGAUCAUUCAAAUAACAAAGAUCCAUUGAAAGACAUCGAGUACAAUGAAAACGUCUCUCUCUCUGGAUACCUGUCAAACGAACAUGGUUUAAGGAAAAGUCGACGUUACCCUUCACUGAAAUGCCACAGUAGAGACAAUACAGAAGCAACAGCUGCGCAUCAAAUGCAAACGUAUAAUUCCAGCAUACAAGGCCAUGAACGUGAAAGAGAUGCGGAAAGCCAGAAUGGAGUCCCCCCCAAACUCCUUCCACCAGCAGGAGAUGAUGUUCCUUACAAUGAAAGUGAAAGCCAUGUAAGAAGCAGCAAUGAAAAUCAAGGCAAGACCAGCAAUAGUUCUUCUGAAUACUCUUUUGUGACCACAGUCGAUCAGCCAUUUCAGGAGGACUCUUUCUCGCUGAUUCAGCUGUUCCAGAAAGCAUGCCUGGAAGAAAGCCAGCGGAGUAGAAGGAAACAGAAUGUAGAUGACAAGCCAAGUAGGAAAGGGAAACCGGGAGAGGAAGAGGAGGUUCCGUUGUAUGCGUUUAGUAAUGGGGACACUAGUACAGAAGAGAGGAGCAAGGGAAAGGUGGCACUGGACGAAAGCGAAAGCCUGACUGAAGAGAGGUGGACGAGUGAGAAGAGGGAAGAGGCCAGUAGUGUGAAUUCUGCAGCAGAAGACAACAAGGACACUGUCAUCCCCAAGGGAGAAGAGCCAACAUCGCAAUCUUCCAAUCCAUUGAAACCCAGUCUGUUUCUGAUUAAAGACAACACAUUCAAAUCCUCCCCCGUGAUAAAAGCCAUCAAGCUGCCUCUCCUUAGGUCCUUGUCCCUAGAAGAAACAGUCAGUAGUAGUUACAGGGAAACACAAAGACAACUGGAAGCUACUGUAGAGAAAGGCAAGCCGCUUUACAGGCAGGGCCGUGAUACACCCAGCAUUCAAGAAAUUGAGCGGUCAUUAUUGAGGAACAUAAAAGAACAGGAUGCAAGAGAAGAUGGACUUAUCAGAAAUGGGGAUGCGCUGGUGUCUACUCCAGCCGACAUGGGCUUUCAAGGGACAGAUAACACCAACCUAACAUGGGAGCCCACCCUUUCUGAAGAUGUAGGGAGUUUUUCAUUAAGGACGUUGGGAGAAGAUGAGGAAGUGACUCCUACUUUAUUAAAUAAAGUUGGGAAAAGUAAAGAGGAAAAUGUCCACCGAAGCCAAGAGAAGCCCAAGGUAGGAAGGGCAAAGCAGUACUUAGCACGACCAAAGUCAGCAUUAGAAGAUAGCUCAUCACAACGCCAACUGGGUCCCCCUUUAGAGGAGAAAAAUUAUUUUAAGAAUCAUCUUUUCUCCAAUAGGAGAGGUGGGUCAUGUGCGAAAAAAAUAAUCACGAGGGAGAGUAGUUCUCCUGCAAUAAGCUCUAUGUUAGAGAACCAUGUGUACUGCCCUGUAAUCAGCGAUGUUUCAGGAGACAUCAGACACUUGGAAGAAACACCUGUGAUGUCAGAUGAUCUUGCGUGUACCCCUGUAACAAACCCAAGGUCAGAGAGCAUCGUACACUCAGCUAUCAACAGUCCCUUGCCAGAGAAAAUUGCCAGUUCGCGUGUAAUGAAGGCAGAGGAGAUUACAAAUCCCGCUUUGUUGAAUGUGGUCACAAAGAACAAGGCUGACAUUUCGGCAGAGGAAAUACUCGAUUCCAUGCAGAGGAGCCUGCUGGCUGAGGACACCAGCGACUCGAGGCCGACAAACGAGCGAUCCCAGAGUUGUAUGGCGAAACCGCUGGGCAAACCCCCCGCAGUGCCACCGAAAAGCGAAAAGGCCCUGCGGCGAGCCAAAAGGCUAGCCAACAAGAGAAAAAAGACGGAGGUGCAGCAGAAGAGCCUUCCAAUGGAGCAGACAGAUGUUGUGGUGAGAAAGCCAUCCCAGGCUGGACAGAUUCCAUUAUCCCCCGUACCCUGGAACCAUUCUCCACCAUCUCCUGUGUCCCGUUCACCUUGUCCUCCUUCAGAAUCUAGCCUGGUAAGACUCAAAGGUGCCCCGUCAGUUAGCCCCACGCCCUCUUUACCUGCAAUUCAGCGUAAACUCCUUCAAGAUCCCGACUCAGGGGAGUACUUCAUCGUCGACCUAGAUGCUCAAGUUCAUUUAAAGACCUUUUAUGAGCCAGACACCGGCAAAUACAUCCAAGUCCCAGUCUGUUCCUCCGAAAGGAGCUUACACCAACCAGCCUCUUGGGAAAACAUGAAACCUCCUUGCGUCCUGUACCCCAGUGAGCUGCCUGUAUCCGUGCCUACUCUGAGAUCAACUUCCCAACAGUCUGAACCUCUUUCGCUCAUGCAGAACGUCCCAGGCAUGCCAGCUGAAGACUGGCAGGAGGAAGACAGAGAUUCUCCAUCCCCAGAGAGCCAACCCUAUAUUGAACCUGUAUCUGACUCUCAUAGUCAGCAUGCUGAUGAAACUCAGCGUACUUGUCAAGAAGACACAAGUCCAGCUAUAUGCAUGGACAUCAUUUCAAUCGGUGAUUUAGAGGAUUUUGUUGUCGAGGGGAUCUCUUAAGCCCUGAAAUGCUAAAUUAUUUUCAGUAUAAAUACAUUCAGACACGCACUCAUUAUUUGUAAACACUAACGUCUGGAUCUGGUUGUGGCACGGUUUGGGUGAGAAGGAGAAGGAAGGUUUGCGACUCCAAAGGGGAGAGAUGUCACUGUGAGGAAGUCUGCUGUUGGGGUCAACCCUGGCUUAUCAAUAAAAUAAAGGGACUAUGCUGUCAAAAUAAAAAUCUGAUGGUCUGAAACCACCCUCAGUGGCUGCUACCGCUGUAGCUUUGCCACUGGGGACACAAGGAUUGCAAAAAUGGACAUGAUCCUGUCCAGUUUUUCGGGUGGUGCGGUGUGACAAGUGACAAGUAGUAAGAAUUCUGAGAACAGAUGCUAACUCUACUUACGACUCCUCACUCUGUCUUGAAACCACGUUUACAAAUAGACAAUAUCUGGCGAUGAACAUCAGCCAUAGCGGUCAGAGAGUCACUUUUUGGUGUACUCUGACGAGCCAGAAAUGAAUGACUAGUCGGUUGUAUACCGGUUAUACAAUACAGCACCUGAACUGAAAGCAAACCCGAAACAUUGAUAAGUAAAAGCAGCAUCUCUACUCAUCGGAUACACUUGUGCAUCCCUGCUAAACUGCUGCUAGCAUUUUGAGAUGGACAAAUACUUCCCUAUAUUCAGCCCCUAGUCUCAGGAAUUUCUCGUUACAUAGCUCUCAAACUUCACUCCAGAGUGAAAGUUGGCCUGGAAAAAGUCCACCCAGGAGCAAAAUUGAAGGAGAUGCAGGUGCAAUAGGUUUUGUUAGACUGGGAGGAGUUUUGAUUAUUGUUUCAGAGGUUUUUCUUUUUCUUACAAAGCACUACUGAAACACAAAGCUAACUUUUUUAAAAAAGUGAGAAAUGUUUAAUUGUUCCUUAUUUUGGACUGUUGUAUUCUGUGAUUUUAAAAAAAAAGUGACAAGCGACAGCCAGGUUAUUCAUUUUUAGAAAGUGCCAUAAGAAAGCAACUUAUUUUGAGCAUCCGGUUUUUCAGAAAGCUCUGUAUCAAUUCUGUACCAUUCUUUUCUAAGCUCUUUUUCUCACCCUAUACUGGAUGGUACCUUGUCAAAGAUCUGACUAAUCAGAAAUGCAUGGUAACAUGAUGGUGCAAAUACAAUACACAGUAAUAUGUCUGCUUAUCAAUGUCUCUUUUUCUGCACAUUGGUUUCUUUUUUUAAAAUCCUCCUCCCUUUCAUUUUGUGCUCCCCAAGGGAAAAUGUAAAAGUAAAAGCUCUUCGGAAGAAUAACUUUGGGCCCGAUUCUCCUCUUACACCAGAAUAACUCAGUUGUUCUCAGUAGAGUUUCUCUUGAUUUACAAUCAAAUAAGGGGCAAAUCCGGCCUUUUCUCUAUAGCUGAAGAAGAACGGGGAAAAAGAAGUGGAACUAUAAUCGUAAGUCUGACAGAGGUUGUUCUUGGGCACGGUCUAACCAGCCCUGGGAUUUCGGGAUUUCUCAUGAGAGGGCUUGUUCUCAUGAUAUAGACCAAAGAGGUUUGAUUAAGCUUCACUUUUUGGAUACUUCAAUCCACAAAUUGAAGGUGGAUUUUAAACCACCUGAGGUUUGCCCAUCGCAACAUACAUCUUUACAUUCAGAACCUAUGUAAGCCAAACAAAUGCUCCCUUUCAUUGCCCCCGUCUACUGAUACAAUUCUCGUAGGGUCGAUGGUCCCAAUCCUCAGGAAUCAUUCUGUUUAGAUCAGUGGGUUUUGGAUUGGGCUCUAAAUUAUUUUCUCUCGCAAAUUUUCACAGUCGUGCACAACUGAUGUGACGCUGUGAUUUGGGGGCCAGUUUGCACCUCUCAGGUCUGAGUUUUCGAUGAAAUUCAGCAAGAUGCCUAAGUAUAAGCAAACACGUUUGUGAAAACGCAAUUUCUAUGCAAUCUUUGACUUGGACUGGGCUCAUUUUACCUCAGAAAAAGGCAUUCCAGGUCCCCCUAGGAAAAGGGGCUCUUUUUUGAGCACAAGCAUUUGUAAAACAUGAGUGCUUCAGGAACAAGGAUUCCUUCUCAAAUAGGGGAGGUAAGGCACGAGUCCAGGUUUGAACGCUCUUCUAUUUCCUUGCCAAUAUUUUGCAAACUUCUUACAUGGCACCCUCCACAUUAGAAUUGUAGGACUGGAAGAGACCUCAGUAGGUCUCCUAGGCCCCUGAAGGCAUUAUAUUUUAUUGUCUGCUGUGCCAGCUUUUAUACAACACAGCAGCUCAUCAAGCACAAAGCAAGUAUGAAGGAUAAAUAUUACAUAUCUGUAGGCUUGGAAUGAUUAGAGUUUCAUUGGUAAAUGUUGAUUUCAGUGAAAACAGGCAAGCCAUCAAAAAAAUAUUUCCAUCAAUAAUUAUCCAAAUUUAUCGAAAGAAGAAUGCUGCUUUAGAACUUACUAGAAUUUGAUUGAAGGAUAUUUACUUUGUAUAUUUUGACAUGUGAUGUUGAUAAUUUGUGUUUUUGCAGUGAUAAAGCUUUAAUUUUGGAAUCUCCAAGUCUACUGUCAUUAAAUAAUUAUGGUUCAAUCCCCCCCCCUCCUUUUUGACUCAAUCGGAUAUUAAAACAGCUUUAUUUAACUGCAGUAAUACUUGGCUGUGUAAAAAGAAAUUCUGUAUGGCAAUAUACUUACCACUGCUCCUUCUUUCUGUGCACAUCCAAAGUUCUCUUGCUACAUUUCAAAGGCAGAGGAGUAGCAGUCAGGACCUGGCGUAAGCGGGCACUGCUUCAGUUCCUGCUCUUGCCGCUUCUCCGCUGCACCUCUGCCUCUCCUUUCCUCUGCUGCAGAGAUGGUGCUGGGGGGAACCAGCCUUUAAGCC